UCAUAUCUAUACUUUUCUUUCUCAUUGGUUUCAUCGAUCCUCAGCUCUAAAGAGAGAAACGCCUUUCUUCUCUGUCUCUUCACUCCUGUGGCGGACUCCUCAAAGUCUCAAACUUCUCUGUAUUUGGGCUUCUUACAAAUUCAAUCACUUUCUAACUGUCUUUCUGAGAAGAAAAGGAUUCACUCAAGCCUAAAAGCGCUGAAACCAAUGGCGUCUUCACUAUCAACCACGGCUGCAGCUUCUGCUUCUGCGGUGGCCAAAACCUCUGCCAAUUUGCCUAAUUAUAGUAAUUGCAGCCUCUCUAGAGUUUCCUUUCGCCUUUCUCCUAAGCCAAAGCUUCGAUUUUUCGCCAAGGGUCUGCAGCCUGGUCAUAACAAUUCCACUUUAGUGAAAGCUCAACUGAAUGAGGUAAGGUUCUUUCAACAGUUUUCAUUUGAAGAUCUUUUUUCAAAUUUUCGUUCCUUCCUGGACAUGCUUUUGGGCUCAUCUGUUGCCUUCAAGGUUGCUGUGGAUGGGCCCUCAAAUGCUGCUGCUUCACCUCCAACCAGAUCGGGAGUACCAUCACAAGAAAAAAAGGAUGCUAAGCCAUCAAAUGAGCCUUCGGCUCCAGCUUUGGCUACGGAGGAGUCAAUAUCCGAGUUUAUUACCCAGGUUGCAAGCCUUGUGAAGCUGGUUGAUUCAAGAGAUAUUGUGGAGUUGCAGUUGAAACAACUUGACUGUGAAGUGAUAAUCCGGAAAAAGGAGGCCUUGCCUCAGCCACCAUCUCCUGCCCCAGUUGUUAUGAUGCAUUCACCUUCCCAAUCACCACCACCGCUAAUGCAUUCAGCCCCACCUGCAGCUUCUUCUACAGCCCCUAGUCCAGCUUCCUCUGCUCCACCUCCACCACCUUCAGCUCCUGCUGUUAAACCAUCCAAGUCAUCACAUCCACCACUUAAAUGCCCUAUGGCAGGCACAUUCUACAGAAGUUCAGCACCAGGCGAACCACCUUUUGUGAAGGUUGGAGACAAAGUGCAGAAGGGACAGGUUUUAUGCAUCAUUGAAGCCAUGAAAUUAAUGAAUGAAAUAGAAGCUGAUCAAUCAGGAACCAUAGUUGAAAUUCUUGCAGAAGAUGGCAAGUCAGUCAGUGUUGACAUGCCUCUGUUCGUGAUCGAGCCCUAAGAAAGCUCGGCUACUGUUAGACAAGCAUUGAGUAAAGAUUAGGAGGCGAGUGUAAUUCUUUGUAAUGUUGUUAAACGCGGCAUUGUUAUUUUGUGCUUCGAUGUUUUGUUUGGAAUGAGUUGUUAGGAGGCGAAAAAAUUAAUUAUUCUAGUAUGUAUUAUUUUGUUAUUUUUGAACUAUAUUACUGCAACUAAGAAUAACUUUAACUUUCCAUGUUUGGACGGUAUGUUUAAUAAAUCAGUUGUUAGUUGGUUGUUGUUUCUAUA